GAUACAAUAGGCUGCAGCCCAAGAGUCUCAUACCUCACUCUAGAUUAUCAUAAUGGAAAGUAUGAACAGCAUGAGCCAAGCUAUCCACCAGCUCUUGAAGGACAACAACCUGAUCCACAGGCAAGACUUUUCCGAUCUCGUACUAGCUUAGUUUACCCUUCUGUGCCUCGUGAUGAGGAACCGCCAGUCUUCCAAGAUUUCCGACAUGAUGCUUGUACCAAUCUCCCUUGCAACAAGCCAAACGAAAAACUUGAACCAUCAGCAGUCAUCAAAUUUUCUAAACAUAGGAACAAGAAAAGCAAUCAUGAUGGCUUAAUAUAUGACGUGUUUGAUGGUAAGGUGCAUCAGCUCCUAAGAACACGUGAAUUGCUCGAGAUCCGUCUACCGCAAUUGCAUGUAUUCUUUGAUCAAAUGCACAAGGAUCGAGCAUUGUUCUACUACACUCGAAUGAAUGAGAACCCUGAUAAGGGCCUGAGGAGCGUCCUUAAUAUACUGGUCGAUAAGCUAAGUAUCUGCGAGAGGGCAAUGGGAACUUCAUGCAAAAGUGAUGACAAACUUCGUGACCAGCUAAUGCGCACCUGGAGACACACUAUUGAACUUACAUCAGCUAUCAAUAAGGCGAUAGAUAACCUAGAUUUCAUGGAUAAACGUGGCGGAAACUAG